AUGGCAGCCCUUCCGCAUCGCAGGACCAAUUCAGCUAUAAGUGCCAUGAGCUCUCCAAAUCGCUGCCAGACACAGGACCCUCGGAACUUGAAGGAGGAUGCAUGGGCAAAUUUCUCGAUAUGUUCGAAUUCGAGAUUGGUAUGGCCUGAGCGACGGCGGCAUAAGAAGAUUGAAGGAAAGUUCUCCCAAUUUAAACUGCUCGCAAAUGAGUGCAUGGAGCAACUCUACGACGAUGCACCGGACAAUAAAUUCGGCGCCAUUGGAUUUCUUUCUUUUGCUCGACUUCAUCAUCUGAACUUGCAUUAUUUUGAAGUGGAACUCACACGGGAACUGAAAGACCUUGAGAAUGAGGAGAACACUGGAGAGACUCAGAUCUUCAAGAUCCGAAAAUUGCUGCGCGAAUAUAAUGAAGCCAUCAAGGACUAUGAACGCGUACUCCGGCGCAACCGCCAGCCACCAAAGGGAAUAUUAACAUCGUUCCACAAAGCCUUGCUCCCACACUUAGAAGAACUCAUCAAUAAGAGUGCCUACACUUGGGACAAUGAUUAUAUCUAUCUUCCAACCAUUACGCAAUGGGCAAACGAGCUCCUUGGCAGAAUAUUGGGGGCUUUGUUUGGCGGGCUGGCCCUUAUCACGCCAAUGCUCAUUAUGGCAAUCAACGCAUCACAAACGAAAAGCCUUAUUACAGCGUCACUUGCAACUAUUGUAAUGGCACUCGUUGUUGCAUCGGUUGCCAGUGGACCGGACUCAUGGAAGGAUGUCGUUGGUAUCACCGCUGCUUAUGCUGCUGUGCUUGUAGUAUUUGUUGGAACAAGUACGGGCACGAGCACAAGCAGUUCAUAG